UCGAAAUGCGGCUCGAAAGGAGAGGACUUUCGUAAACGAACCGCGCAUCCACUUUUCGUAAGCGAACCUCCACCCGCGGAGGAUCGGUAUAAAGAGAGGACGCUUCCACGGCCUCUUCACUCGUCUCUCGACAACCGAAUCGAACAAAGCGGGCUGAAAAAUGAUGAAGACAGUGUGCGUCGUACUCCUGGUUGCGGCGGUGGCGUCCGCCGGAUUGGUCCCCGCCGCCCCUUUGGCCGUGGCCCCAGCUGUUGCCGCUGUUCCAGCGCCCAUCGUCACCGCUAGAAGCAGUCAAGUCGUGGCCAGGAAUUACAACACGUUGGCCGCCGCGCCGCUCGCGGCCGCCCUACCCGCGGCCGUCGCCGCGCCAUUGCACGCCGCGUACCCACCGGUCGCCGUGGCAGCGGCUCCGCUUCACGCGGCACCGCUCCCGUACGCAGCGCUCAACUAUCCCGCUGUUGCCAUAUAAUUCGUUCCCCUAAAUACGA